UCGAUGUGCGUGUUCAAUUCUUGACCAUCUGUCAGAAAGUUUUGUUUUUUCUCAUCUACCGGAGCGUUUUCAACAAGAUCAAUUUCCUAUUCGUUCGUGGGUUUUAUCCCGUGUUUUGUGCGUGAUUUUCAUUCCAUUGUUUUCUUCUCCAUCGGCAUCGUUCGGCAGAAGCUGAAGAAGAUAAACCAAAAUGGAAACUAUCUUUGAAAUACAGCGCCGUUUGCAUGAAGAGUGUGACCGCUUGGUGAUGGCCAUGUCGGAGGAGUUGAUGAUUCCAAAGAAGACGACGAAGGAGAAAGUGCUUGCAGAUCACCGAAUAAAAAUCUAUCUUGAAAGGUACCAAACUUGCUCCAAGUCAUUGUUGGAACUGUACCAAGACAAGGAUGGCGAGCGGAAGCAGGAAAUCACAAAUAUGAGCGUGAACGAGUUUAAAGAGUUUUACAGUCAAUUCAACGGGCUGAUUGAGUUCCAUUCCAACCAUGGUAACAAUGUGGCAGUGCCUGCCUCAAUCGAGUUCGACAAGCUGAAGGAGCAAUUGAACGACCCGGCAUAUUUGGCUGAGGUGGUGAAAUUCAGUGACGUUGAAAACUACGGCCAGUAUCUCGAUCUGCACGAAUGCUACGAUAACUUCGUGAAUCUGAAGGGCAUUGACAAGAUCGACUACAUUACGUACCUGUCGGAGUUCAACAAGUUUGCCGACCUGCCACGCAAGCAGAAGAACCUGAAGUACAAAGGCUACCUGCAGCUGCUCCACGAUUAUCUGUUUUCGUUCAUCACCCGCAGCAGACCGCUGUUCUUCGAGCUGGAGCAUACGGUCAAGCGGAACGAGCUUCAGUUUGAAGAUAUGUGGAAAAAUGGUAUCGUGCCGGGGUGGGAAAAGGUGCGCGACGUAGAUGACGAUGCGCUGAUCAAGUUGGACGAUUUCGAGCGAUGGGAAGAUCUAAAAUAUCUCGGAUUAGAUCGACUCAAGGCCGCUCUGCAGGCACUGGGGAUGAAAUGUGGCGGCACUCUAGAAGACCGUGCAAAGCGCUUAUUCGCCUCGAAGGACGACAAAAAUCAAGACAACGAAAGUAAGCGGCUGAUGAACCUGAACAAGGAGAAAGAUAUCGCGAUGCUGGAGUUUAAGAUAGCGAAGCUGGCGGAACUGGUCGACGAUCAGAUUUACGAGACGAAAAUCAACUUGCAGCGCAAACAAGCCCGCUACACGCUGGACGAAAGCGAUGAGGAUAGCAUGGACGAAGUGGAAUCGGACGAUGACGAUGGCAUACCGUACAAUCCAAAGAACCUACCGCUUGGAUACGACGGCAAACCGAUCCCGUACUGGUUGUACAAGCUGCACCAGCUACACUUUACGUACGAGUGUGAAAUCUGCGGCAACUACAAGUACAACGGUCCGAAAGCGUUCCAGAACCACUUCUCGGAGUGGCGGCACGCGCACGGUAUGCGUUGUCUGGGCAUCCCGAACACGGCCCACUUUGCCAACAUUACCAAGAUCGAGGAUGCGCUAGUCCUGUGGGAUAAGGUGAAGGAGCAAACAUUUUCCAAGAUGUGGGUACCGGCAAACGAGGAAGAGUUCGAAGAUUCGCGCGGAAACAUUCUCAGCAAGAAGGUGUACCUUGAUCUGCAAAAGCAGGGACUGCUGUAGAAAUGGAUACACCUACGGGACGUCAGCAAAAUUGGAACGGAAGAAAAAUGGUAUAAAAACACUUAUCUCUUCGCCUCCGUUUGGCGCCAGCGGAAUGAUCCAAUCGUGUGUAAUCCAAGCACGGUGUUUACGUUUACCACUGCCGAGUUUCGUAAUUUGCAUCCAAAGGUUGUUCUCUGCUGUGUUUGCAAACAUGAAAGCGCGGCAUUUGCAUACGCCAGGCAGAAAAAGGGUAACGCAUUAAAAGCGCCAGAGAGUUUACGUUCACGAAACAGUUCUAAUUUUAAACCGUGUACACGAGAAAGAAGGACCUCUUCUUUACCGUUCAGACCGAUCAUCAUGCCGCCGGUAUUAUGACCAUUUGCUUCACCCUUCUUUUCUUGAGAUAGAAUAAAAUGAAUGAUCUGGUACUCAAAA